UGGACGGCUUCGGGGGGCGGGGCUCGAGCGGACGCCCGCGAGGAGAGAGGGAGGCUGCGCGUGCGACGCCGGCCGGUUCCGGACCCCUCGCUUCCCUUCCUGCGGGCCCGGCGAGCCCGGCGACGGGCGUGCCGACGCCCGUGACGUCACAAGGGGCGGGGCUGCCGGGGUAGGGGUCCGGCCGGCGCGCGGGCGCGUGCGGCAGUCGCAGUUCGGGACGGAGCGUGCGCGGUUGCCCGGUCUCGGCGCCGGCUUCGCUGUCACAGUCUGUCCCUUCCUGAAGCCUGGGACUCACUGGACGCGCGCUCGCGCGUGUGUGUUGCGAGUGUGAGGGGACUCGGGCGGAGGCAAACCCUCGCUGCCUUUUUUGACCUUCCUUUUGUCCGAGGGGGGCCGUCCGGCUCAGGGUCGCUGCCGCCCCGCCGCAGCGCGCUUGGGUCCGGCCGCCUCUUCCUUUUCUUUGAAACUCGGGAGCCUUUUCCCCUUUUUCCGUCUCCGUUUUGGGCACUCAGUGCCGUCUGGGCUGGUGUCCCUGGUCCCCGACCGGCCGCUUCCUGCCCGUGCGCUCGCCGCCCCAGCCCAGGGUCUCCCCUGCGCCCCCGCCCCGGCCCGGGAGGUGGGAGGCUUCGUCCCCCCCGCCCACCCGCGUCUCCGCAGCCGUAGCCGCACCUGCCUCGGUAUGAACGGGGGCACCGACCCUCCUCUUUUCAUAAAAGACAUUAAGCCCGGACUGAAAAACUUAAAUGUCGUCUUUAUUGUGCUGGAGAUAGGACGCGUGACCAAAACCAAAGACGGCCAUGAAGUGAGAUCAUGCAAAGUGGCAGACAAAACGGGCAGCAUCACUAUUUCCGUGUGGGAUGAAAUCGGAGGUCUUAUCCAGCCGGGGGACAUUAUUCGGUUGACCCGAGGGUAUGCAUCCAUGUGGAAAGGAUGUUUGACGCUGUACACUGGAAGGGGUGGAGAACUUCAAAAAAUUGGGGAAUUUUGUAUGGUUUAUUCAGAAGUGCCAAAUUUCAGUGAACCCAACCCAGAUUAUCGAGGACAACAGAGCAGAGGGGCACACAAUGAGCAGAAGAAUAAUUCCAUGAAUAAUAAUAUGGGUACAGGUACAUUUGGACCAGUGGGAAACGGGGUUCAAGCUGGCCCAGAAUCAAGGGGAUGCCAGUUUUCAUAUGCUGGUAGAAGCAAUGGCCGGGGACCUACAAAUUCACAGCUACAAGGAACAGCUAAUAAUCAAACAGUCAUGACCACAAUAAGUAAUGGCAGGGACCCUCGGAGAGCCUUUAAAAGAUGACCUAUGCUCAAUACUCACAUGUAGUUUUUAAACUACACACCCUACUUGAACACUUACUGCACUUUUAUUUAUCGUUAACUGUGAAUACUGUGUCCUUUAUUGGUUUCCUCUUAUGUUUUGGGUUUGUUAACAACAGUGGAUUGUUCUUAUAGCAAAACUGUUAAGCUGCUCAAGUCUCCUGUUGAAGAAUUUGAAGAAUGGCAAGACUCUGAAAAGUAGGGGCAUUUAUUUUUAGGGCAAAAAGAUCAAUGGUUAUCCUCUAAAAACACGCCCCCGUUCCGUGGGUGAGUUUCUUAAGACAUCAGCAUUAUAGCCUCUAUGAGUCUGUCUUCCAUAUACAUUUCGUAAUAUUUAAAGUAAGGCUUAGUGGGAGAUGUUCUUUUGUCUUAAAUUCAGGUAUUGCCAACUGAAGCAAUAACCACCUAAACCACCCCAAAAAAACUCAGUGGUUAUAGCAGUUUUUGAGUGUUUGUGACUCCAGGAAUGAUUGACUUCUUCAUUUGAGUGACUGCCAGGAGGAUUUUCCAAGGACUGAAUCUUCUAAACUCUUGUUUUAUUACCAAAAAGAAUAUAUUCUUUAUCAGAAUUAUGGAGUAAAAUGGGAACUGUAUUAUAACAAGGAAUUUUUAUAAGAAAGCUGCAUUUAUUUUAGGGUAGUCCUAUUAAUACUUGUUGUCAACUUUGUGCAUUACACUGAAGGGAAACUUAAAACCGAGGCCUUGAAUAUUUAUUUUUUGAAACUACUAUGUCAAAUAUUAAAGUAUAAUUUGAGGGAGUUAAAAAGUCAUAAUAAAUACUGAUCUAAUUAUUUUAAAAAAUUGUGGUACGUAGAUGAAGGCAAUUCAAAUUGAAUUCAUGUAGAAAUAUGCAGUCUUAAACUAGAGUGUCCUAGGUACUUGCAGAAACUCAUCCUGGAGUGAAAAUCCUAGGUACUUAACUUUUAUUUGAAAAAUGUGUGUGAGUAUUGUCCAAAUUUCUGAACACAAUUCACAAAGCCUUAUCAGCCAAAGUUAAACGGCUCUCUCUAAGAAGUGCAUACAGCUUUAUUCAGAAAUGUAAAGGUAGAAUUUCUUUAUGUGUUAUAAAUGACACCCAGUUCCCACUUUUUACUAUAGAGUGCUUGGGUAACUGGUAAAUUUUUCCUUUGUUAGAAUUCAGUUCUUCCAAAUUAGCCCCAAUAAAACUUGCAUUAAUGUUAACGGACUUCCCUUAUUUUCGCUCUUUCAAUGAUUUGCAAUGGGGAGCCAGUAAAUUUUACCGUAGUUGUAAUGAUUACUUCAACCCGGGGACUGCUUAGCUCUGUACUUAUCGCCUUUUGUCCCUACCUUAAAUAAUCACAAAAUAAUUUAAGUAGACUCUGUUUUCUAAAAACGCCAUAGCCUUUGAAUAUGAAAAUUGGUACCGGAAUAUUUGUUUCUCCAAUUCAGUGUGUCUUAACGAAUUGCUGUACACACUGAGUGUGAGACACUUGGGGAGAUAAGGGGUCGGUGACGAGUCAUCUCAAGGAGCUUAUUCAUGGUUCAUAGUACUCUGGUAACUAGGGUUUAUAUAUUCUAGAAGUUUUUCUUUUAGCCUUAACUCAGUGAAUUUGGCUUUGUGACUAAUGUCUUUUUAAGAUACAAGAUAACAUGUUGGAAGUAAAAAUUUUAUACUAAAAGUUAGCAUAUAAGUUUUUCUUUAAGGGUAGGAGCAAUAAUACUCAAGUUAUUUGUGUGAAUAUGGUGUUAAAGAUGAUUUUAAAAGAAUUUUGGAGUUUCAGAAAAGUAAACUAUCAGGUGGGACAGCUGAGCUUCUAGUCCUGGCCCAUUGUCUCCUCACCUAUGAUGUUGGACAAAUUAUUACACUUAAGACCUCUAUAAGCCUUAAGUUCCACAAAUAUAAAAACAAGUAAUAGUAUCCCUUUAGAGAGUUACAGAAGAUUUUCCACGUAAGUGAUUAGGGUGAUUUCUGGCACGUAAUGGGCAGUCAAAAUGUCAUCUGAUCAUACCUCAAGAAUAGAAGAAAAUGCAGCGUUAGGUGUGGAAAUACUGUUAUUCUUUAACAUGUUGAGAUUAAAUAGAGAACGAUCUAAGCUGUUAAUUUUGUAAUUGACAUUUGCCUCAAUAAUCUUCUUGUUCUGUGUUACCAUUUAUUAACAGAUCUCUUUUUUCUUAAGGGAAGCCUCCAAAACCAAAGCAAAGGGAAUUACAGUGCAUAACGAAUGUUUGCCCCACAGUCUGCUUGGAUGGUUCUCAACAAGAAGAGGAAGAAAGUUUUCUACCUUCCUCUUCCCUGGUGCUUUCACCUGUGAAUUUUUAAAUGUCUAAACACCUACCAAAGACAAAACCACUUAGUUUAGAAAUACACACCUACUAGAAUUGGGCCCCAUCUCAUUUCUACAAAACAG